AGGAAGAAGACUCGAAAACAAAACCAGUCGACAGCCAUUAACUCAACUACAGGACUAAUAAAUCUGAUCUACUUCCAAUUUUCCCCCAAAUAUGAAUUAAAUAAAUUCCAUCUCCCUCCCUUCUCUUCACUCUUUCUUAUUUUUCAAUUUUUACUUUUCAAGGUUCCCUCUUUCUCUCAUCUCUCCCCAUCCAAAUUAAAACUAACUAACUAUAUACCCAAUCAAAAUUCAGCGCUUUCUUUCUUCUUGAAAACAAAUUUCUUAUUUUCAAACUAACAAAUCUUCUUCUCUUCAACUGCUGCUUCCUCUAUCUCCAUGCCUCUUUCCAUUCGAUGUCGUCUCUUGUAAAGCUGAUCCUAGGGUUUCACUUUUCACUUCUUCCACCCCGCAAUCCCCUUCCUGCUUUCCCCUCCUUCAUUCCUCACUUCUUCUUAUUCCCUCCUCAUGAACCAUCUUUCUUCCGUGUUGCGGCAGUUGACCUUUUAUUCAACUCUCUUUUUUCCCCUGCAAUUUAGGGUUUCUUCUUCUGAAUUCCCCCAAUUUCUUUUGCAUUCAGAUUAGGGUUCUGUUCUCUAAAUUAUAUCCACUUGCCGAAUAGGGAGCUAGUGCAGUGUUCAAAUUAGGGUUUCUGUUUCUAAAUUACGCUACUCUGUUGAAUUCCAAGUCUUUAGACCUUGGUCUUUCAACUUCUCGACUAGGCCGUGAAUUGAGGUUAUUUGGUAGCUAACCUAUAUUCAGGGUUUUCCUGCUGCUGUUUUGAAUUUGGGAUUUCUUUUAUUUCCUUUUGCGCUUGUAAAUUGAUGGUGGAUUACUAUUUUUGGUACUCGUUCUAGGAGUUCUGUUUUAUAAAAACUACGGGGACUUUAUAGUUUCCGUGUAGAAAAAAUGUUUUAUUCCCAGUUUAUAUUGGCCAAGAAAGGGCCUUUAGGGACUAUAUGGAUAGCAGCUCAUUUGGAGAGAAAGCUUCGAAAGAACCAAGUUGCUGAUACUGACAUUGGUGUCUCCGUAGAUUCCAUUCUCUUUCCUGAAGUACCAAUUGCACUCAGGCUGUCCAGUCAUCUUCUGCUUGGUGUGGUGAGGAUAUAUUCUAGAAAGGUGAAUUACCUUUUCGAUGACUGCAGUGAGGCUUUGCUAAAGAUAAAGCAAGCUUUUCGUUCCACAGCAGUUGAUUUACCACCAGAAGAAUCAACUGCUCCAUAUCACUCUAUUACAUUGCCCGAGACUUUUGAUCUUGAUGACUUUGAGCUGCCAGAUAAUGAUAUUUUUCAAGGUAACUACAUUGACCACCAUGUCAGUACAAGGGAGCAGAUUACACUCCAAGACACAAUGGAUGGUGCAGUCUACUCUACAUCACAAUUUGGCUUAGAUGAGCGCUUUGGUGAUGGUGACACUUCUCAAGUUGGAUUGGACCUUGAAGAGGACCUGUUUCUAGGCAAGGUUGCAGCAACAGGGCAUGAUGAAAUUUCUGAAAAUGAUGCUCAGACAUCUGUUGAGCUAUUGGAGCCUUCAAAAACAGUUGCAAGUCAUGAAAGGAUGACUGGAACUUCUGAAGAAAUGCCAUUGAAUGGUACUAGAAGCAAGAUUGAAGAUCUUGCUGCCAAUUUGGAGGUCAUUGACUAUGCCCAGGCUCCAUCGACCCCUGGAUUAAUGGAAGAGCCAAACCUGUCUAGUGUUAAGGACUGUCUGGUCUGUGAUGAUCAUUUAGAGUCGGAAGAUCACAAUGUAAGAGGAUUAGGAGGAAUGGAGAUAUCAAAAAAUGCGCCUAGUAAAUCAGCUCUUCAUCAUGGGGAUGAUGCAAGGGAUUUGUCUUUGGUUGAUCAUUUAAGUCAUGAUACAAUUGCGUACAUGCCUACUGAGGAGCACAGCCGCCUUUCUGGUGACUUGGAGAUCAAUCAGGCAGGGCUAGAAGGAGAAUUACUUUCUACAGCAGUGACUUCAGAACAUGGUCCUGCAGAUGAGACUGUUAGCCGACAGGAUGAGUCACACCAGAUAGAAGAUAAAAAUAAAGUUGUUUCAUCCGAUAAUGGUGAGACUGUGACAUCUAUUGAUCAAAUCAAUGGAGAUUAUGAGGAAUCCUUAGCUGAAACUAAUGAUAAUAAGUUUUCCAAUAAAAUUGGAGAAUGUCUCUUAAAUGGAAAAGUAGCACCAAUGCCCGCCCAUUCAUCAGGACUGCCUACUGCUUUAGAGACUGUCAAUGUUGAAGGUCAGGAUGGUCAGGGACAGGAGGAUUCUGAAACAUUACUGGACCAUGUUAAUAAUGAGCAGAUGAAACCUACUUGCAUAAGUGUUCUCCUUCCAUGCAAUUCCCAUCUGAGCCAGCCUGAUAUCUUAUCUGGUGAAGCUGAUACUUCUGUUCUCGUUUCUGACUUACAAUCAGUAGAUGUUGCACCAUUGUCGUCAGAGACAGUUCAAAGGGAGGAAGGUCUUCAUACUUCUGGAACUUCCACUAAGGUGCAAGGUGAAGAGUGCCACGUGACUGAUGUUGUACAGUCAGAGGAAAAUCAGAUAUCUGAUCCAACUUUAAAUGGAGAAACUCAGGAAGAUGGAGGAAAACAUGAUGUUCGACUUGACAAUGAAAUAUCUAAUAAUAACCAGAAUGAAAAUUUGACUAGUCCCACGACGACUGAAUUGCCUGCUCCUGAAAAGUUGCUUUCCAUUCCCCAGACACUUCUUGAUAAACCACAUGAUUUGUUAGUUGAGACACCUGAUAAAGAAGUUCAAGAAGAGGGUGAUGGAAGUGGUGCUGGUAUCAGAAUUACUGGAAAAAAGCGUAGUUUUGCUGAAAGCGCGUUAACUGUACAGAGUUUAAAUUCAGUUGAAUCAUUUGGAGUGACUAGAUCAAAGAGAACUGUGGAGUCUAUUCCUGAUGAUGAUGACUUGCUAUCUUCUAUAUUAGUUGGUAGAAAAUCUUCAGCUUUGAAAAUGAAGCCCACUCCACCUGCACCUGAAGUACCAUCUAUGAAGCGUGCUCGGUUCACCUCUCGACCAAGUGCAUUGAAAAGGAAGGUGCUUAUGGAUGAUUCAAUGGUUCUGCAUGGCGAUAUCAUACGCCAACAACUGACUAACACUGAGGACAUACGUCGCUUGCGUAAAAAGGCCCCCUGCACACGCACUGAAAUUUUGAUGAUUCAGAGGCAAUUUCUGGAAGAUGAAAUUUUUAGCGAACCGGUACUAACUGGUAUGUCAGCAUAUCUGACACGCAUGCACAGUGAAGCAUUUGAUUGGAGUGGAAUCAAGGUUUGUGAAAAUGAUGAUAAUAACAUGGCUUCUUUGGAAGUGGUAAAUGAUGAACAUUCUGCCAGGCAAAUUGUCAAGCAAGAUGGUGGAAUGGAAGGGAGCACAGAACCUGUUGGUUGCAGAACUGACAUUGAGGAACAAACCUCUGAGGUUUCCAUUAAUAAGGAUAAUCAGCAGGUUGAAGACCACUUAGGAUCUUAUGAUAUUGAUAAUGAGCACAUGAAUGGUGUUGUUGACAUAGUUGGUCAUAGAACUUCAGUACAUGAACAUUUGGGAGAAACAAGUGAAAUGGAAAAUGAUAAAGUAAAUUCUGAAGUCUCUGAUGCCAUAAAUCAUUCAGCUCCUGGGUUGGAGACAUCCCAAAGUGAGCCAGCGUCUGGUGAUAUCCUUGAAAUGCCAUCUGCUACUGUUGAUCAGUCAGUUAUCUUGGACAAAGCAAUUGGUACUCAUGAACCUAUGCAGGUGGAUACUCCAAUAAUACCAUCGGAUGAGAUUCAUAAUCAACUGAUUGAGGAUGUUGCUGGCUUAAGGGAUAUGAGCAAUGACAUAGGACUUGAUUGUACUGAAGUAGUUGACAACUGUGCAAAGAAAAUUGGUGCAGUUGAAGCUGAAUUGCGGACAGGGGAAGAACUUCUGUUGGAGGAAAGCAAAGUUCGUGCAUCGGUUGAAAUUGGAGGAGAUGAACAGGUAGAUGGUUCUGCACCUAAUGAUGGUGCAGAUGCUUCUCUUGCUAAUGUGUCUUCUGAGGCUGGUAGCUUUGUUAAUUUUAGUUCUGUAAAUAUUGACCAAGCUUUUGAAGAGAUUGAAAAUUAUAAGCAUGGGGUUUUUAGUGAUAAUGGGGGCCUGGGUGGGAAUUCCAUGGGCAUUGAUGACAAGGACCAAACCUCUGAUCAUUUGUGUAGUGAAGAAGCUAAAAUAAACUCUACAUAUACAAUAGGACUCGAUGGGGAUUUUAAAAACACUUCGAUGAAUGAUGGAGAUAAUACAGUAUCUCAACUAGUUGAUCAGCAGGACACCAUGGAUACACAAAAUGCUCCUCCUGACCAUGUUACCACGGGAGAAUGUGAUCAGGAUAUUCGAGAUGUCGGAUUUGCAAAUGAUACAGAAUUUUUGAAUGUAGACGAUGAUGAAAUAGAUGAAGAUGACAACGAAGGAUUGCCAAAUGCUGAAGAUCCUCGCCUGCUUGAAAAUAGUGGGUGGUCUUCCCGCACCAGAGCUGUUGCCAAGUACCUUCAAACUUUAUUUGACAAGGAAGCAGAGCAUGGAAGAAAAGUUCUGUUAAUGGACAACCUGCUCACUGGCAAAACUCGUAAGGAAGCAUCAAGAAUGUUCUUCGAGACUUUGGUUCUUAAAACAAAGGAUUACGUCCAUGUUGAACAGGGGAAGCCUUUUGAUAACAUCAAUAUAAAGCCACGAGCAAAGCUAAUGAAAUCAGACUUCUGACCUCUGUGUAGGAAAAGACACAUGCAUUCCAUAAAAAAAAUGUCAAGGUAGUGGUAGUUUGGCUGAUGCCUGCGCAGAGCUGGAGAUUUUUUUCUUUUUUUUUUUUCUUUUUUCCUUUUUACCCUCUAAAUAGUUUCUUAUAGUUUGAUCAUGUAACUGGUAGAUGAAUAGUGGGGUAAAGCUGUCAUGUCAUCAUGUUGAUUAUAACGAGAUUGCUGUAAUGUAGAAUGUAUUUGUGUAAAUAUUUGUAAAAUAUUUGCCCUUUGCAAGUAUAGAUGCUAAUUUAAAUUGUUUGUCUGUAUAAGAAAUAAUUAUUUAUCCAA